AUGAGACGGCCGAAUGUACAACCAUAUUCAAAAUAUGAUGUUGCAUCAUUAGGUAAAAGCUUAAAUUCAAUGUGUAUUAUGUUAGAAACGCUGGAUGUCCGUGAGUCUAAAAGUAUUGAUUUAACAAUUGGUUUUCUAUUGAAACCAUUAUUAGCUAUGAUGAAAUUAACUGGUUUAUACUAUGAACAUUCGUCAAAACCAGAUAAACAAAAACAGAAUCGAUUACAUCUUGUCUAUUGUAUAUUUGUUUGCUUUUUAUCAUGGUCCAACACAUUAAGAUUUAUAUCCAUAUUUUUCUUAACUAAUUUCAAACAUAAAGCUGAACAGUAUUUACCGUUGUUAAUGACAACGCUUGUUGCACAAUUAUGGUUACUGCUUUGUUCUUGUUCACAUACGACAUUCAUUAUUAGUUCAUACCAGAGAAAUAAAUUUUACACAAUUAUGUUUAAUUAUAAUUUUUGUAAACUUAUUAAAUGUCAACCGGGCAUAUCAAAACGCUUUAAAUUUGGAAUAUACUCAACGAUUACACUUUGUUUGAUUACUAUCCUAUCAAAUACAUUAGCAUUAUUAAUUGCCUACUUUGGUCCAUCUAAAUAUAUGAAAGUAUUUCAAAUGUUCUUAACACCCUUUCAUCAAAAAUCGACGAUCACACACAAUAUACCUUAUAAAUUAUUUAUUUGUUUAUUACACUUUUAUGCAUCAGCAGCCUGGAUUUUACCACCAACUUUAUUUUGCAUUCUAUGUCUAAUUGGAUGCAGUGAAUUUGAAAAGUUCAAUGAAUAUAUUAAACAAGAAGUUCAACAGUCAAAUGCACAAGAACGGGUUGAAUAUUGGCGUCAGUCUCAUAGUAGGCUAAUAAAACUUGUUCAUGCGUUAGAUUCAACGUUUCAAAUCUACGUUAGUCUCGCUCUAAGUAUCAAUAUUGUUAUGGCAUUUCUCAUGUUGUAUAUAAUAGCGAUGAUGUGGACACAUCGACUAGAUUUAGAUUUAGGACCGUUAUUCAUUGUGAUGGUCAAUUUUUGGGCAUUUUGCAGUAUGUUUUAUGUUUUUGUCGUAUCGGCUACAGCUGGAGUAUUAAAUUCAGUUACUCGAGGAUCUUUAACUUAUUUACAUCAGUUACCAGCCACUGGAUGUUCGAUUGAUUUCAAUACACAAGUAUUAGGUAUAUGUAUCGGUACCGGUAUCGAGAUACUGAUUAGUACUGAUGCUUGGCGACAACGUCUGAAUUCAGGUCUUGAAGGAAAAGCGCAAUAUAUCUGUUGA